AUGGUACGUCGUCUAGCUUGUGGUCCAUAUGAAAUCCAACGUUCGAUGAUGAUGUCAGAUGAUGAUGUUGAACAUAGUGACAAAGAUGAAGUAGUUGGUGUUUUCCGUUUAUUUCAGUUUGCAAAUAGUAUAGAUUUUGUCCUGAUGUUUAUUGCUGCGUGUUUAGCGGUGAUGGACACGAUUUGCGCUCUCGUUAUUCCAGUUAUUUUUGGUCGACUCACAGGAAUUUUUGUUACUGAAGCAUUUGGUGAUAAUUGUGAUUAUCAACACCAAAAUUCGACAACUUUAAUGAAGAACAAUAAUACGUACUCUCAAGCUAUAGAACUCAAUAUGUUCAACAAUAAUUCGUCAUAUAAGUGA